AUGGUCGCCUUCGCUAAGACUGCCUUCGCGGCAAUUACCCUUUUCACGUCCCUCGUUUCGGCAGACUGUGGCUUCAACAUUAUCAACAUCAAUGGAGCGGUCAUGGGCACCGGCUGCGCUCGGGCUAAUGGCCAAGGGACCCUUGUACUCCCUGAUUAUGGGCCAGCCACCUUCAUCGUUGCCGCUACUAGCACUUGUGGUCUGACCAUCGUCAGUCGUCAAUCCCGUUUUCCGGCUUCACAGUUCGAUGGUUGGACUGUCGGAUCCGCAGGUCCCUGCACCUUGAGUGGCGGAGGCGGAGGCGGCGGAAAAGGUGGUGGUGGUGGCGGCGGUGGUGGCGGUGGCGGAGGCGGUGGCGGCGGUGGUGGUGGUGGUGGUGGUGGUGGUGGUGGUGGUGGUGGCGGCACCGGGUUCGGCAAAAAAGGAAAAACCAAUCCGCGGAAGUGUGUGCGCGAGAGGUGCAGCGGUCCCCAGGGUUGUUGCACGCAGCCUGUCAAUGGCGAGUGCGCUUACAGAAAGGAGUGCAACAACUACCCCUGCGACACCUGCUGCGGCAUUCCAGUCAAAAACUGGAACAAUUGCUCGAUCCGGCCAAUAGGUUAG